AUGGCAGAAGUGGCUCCCGCGCCCGCCGCCGCGCCGGCCAAAGCGCCCAAGAAGAAAACAGCUUCGCGGCCAAAGAAGGCCGGCCCUAGCGUCGGCGAGUUGAUCGUCAAAGCGGUUUCCUCGAACAAGGAGAGGAAUGGCAUGUCUCUCGCCGCCCUGAAGAAAGCUCUGGCUGCCGGUGGAUACGAUGUGGAGAAGAGCAACUCCCGCAUUAAGCUUGCCCUUAAGAAACUGGUGGAAAAGGAGGUCUUGUUUCAGACCAAAGGCACAGGCGCGUCUGGCUCUUUCAAGCUGAACAAGAAGCAGACCGAAGCCAAGAAAACCGCACCCAAAGCGAAGAAGCCGGCCGCCAAAAAGCCCGCAGCGGCGAAGAAGCCCAAGAAGGUAGCGGCCAAGAAACCUGCCGCCGCCAAGAAGUCGCCUAAGAAAGCGAAGAAACCCGUCGCCACCAAGAGCCCCAAGAAGGCGAAAAAGCCGGCGACACCUAAAAAGGCAGCGAAGAGCCCCAAGAAGGCGAAGGCAGUGAAACCCAAGACUGCCAAGCCCAAAGCAUCCAAGGCUGCCAAGCCUAAAGCGCCCAAGGCGAAAAAGGCAGCUCCUAAAAAGAAUGACGCAGUGAAUCAUGUCUGGAAGAGGCAAAACCGGCGGAAAGGCCCGUGCUAAGGCCAAGACUCGCUCAUCCCGAGCUGGACUUCAGUUCCCCGUGGGCCGU